CUUCUAAAAGGAUUGUGUGGUUCUUUGUCUGACAUAUUGAGCAUGAAUCAUCUGUUCGCUGUCAUUGUCAAGACGUAUUACAUUUGUUGUUGUUGUUAAUUUACGUCUAUAAGUUUUAAUGUAAAUUUAGUGAAUUUCGAUAAAUGUUUUGAUAAUUUACCAAGAUGCCAAUUUUGUAUAGUGUGGUAUGUCGAGGAACGGUAAUCUUGGCAAAAUAUGCCAGCUGCGCCGGCAAUUUUGCAGAAGUAACAGAGCAAAUAAUCACAAAGAUUCCACCCCAAGAUGAUAAACUUACAUACUCCCAUGGCAACUAUUUAUUCCACUACAUAUGUGAAAACAGAGUUGUUUACAUGUGUAUUACAGAUGAUGAAUUUGAAAGGAGUAGGGCAUUUUUAUUUUUAAAUGAAGUCAAAAGGAGGUUUUUGUCAAUGUACGGGCCUAAUGUGCAAACUGCCAUUGCCUAUGCUAUGAAUUCUGAGUUUUCAAAGAUACUGGCCACUGAAAUGAAACAUUAUUCUGAGUCUCAUGAUGUUGAUACCAUAGCCAAAGUGCACAGUGAAUUGGAUGAAUUGAAAAAUAUAAUGGUGAAGAAUAUUGAUAAUGUUUCAAUGAGAGGAGAAAGACUAGAGCUUUUAGUUAAUAAAGCUGAAAACUUAAAUUCAGGAUCAGUUACAUUUCGCACAACCAGCCGGAACUUAGCAAGGUCAAUGUUUUGGAAAAAUGUGAAGUUGUAUGUGAUUAUUGGUCUGGUUAUUACUGUGAUUAUUUACAUUAUCAUUUCAUUUGCCUGUGGUGGGCUAUUAUGGAAAGGAUGUGUCGCAAAAUAAAUGUAUUUAUAGGUUUAAGUUUUACUCAUCAACAUUGUUUUAUUAAUCAUAUAUAAAAUGAAAUAUUUGUCUAUAUCAUUCCUACCGACUCUGUAUAUAAUCUAAACAAGUAUUUGUAGAUGAAUAUAUUAUUUUAGAAUUUUUU